UGCAACAGUGAUAAGCCACUCCAGCUGCUCUUUAGUUUAAGCUUAGGUUUAUGAAAAACAGACACCAGUCUCCAGGCAACAUCCAAAUAGGUCGGAACAUUGCAUUAAGGUUUUUGUGAUCAAUCUGGUUUGCUGGAGGCAACAGGAAACUGAACUGCCACCCUUUACAGAUCAAGACUGCAGUGUAGAAGUCAGAGGAGAGAGUACAGCUAGGGCAUUACCUCACUGACAUUUAUAACCUGUGAAGGCAGAAGAGAAAAAUCGGAGUCUGCUUAGUCGUAGAAGCCAAACAGACAAUGGAUCCAAAAAAUCAGAGAGUGAAGCUUAAUGAUGGCCACUUCAUUCCUGCCUUGGGAUUUGGCACCGGUGCACCUCCAGAGGUUCCUAAGAGUGAAGCUGUGGAGGUCACCAAAUUCGCUAUAGAGGCUGGGUUCCGGCAUAUUGACAGUGCUCAUGCAUACCAAAAUGAAGAGCAGGUUGGCCAGGCCAUUCGAAGCAAGAUUGCUGAUGGCACUGUGAAGAGAGAAGACAUAUUCUACACUUCAAAGGUUUGGUCCACGUCCCUUCGUCCGGAGUUGGUCCAACCAGCGUUGGAAAAGUCACUGAAAGAUCUUCAACUGGACUAUGUCGAUCUCUACAUUAUUCAUCAACCAGUGGCUUUGAUGCCAGGGGAGGCAAUUUUCCCAACAGAUGAAAAUGGAAAACCGAUAUUUGACUCUGUGGAUCUUUGUCGUACAUGGGAGGCCCUGGAGAAGUGUAAGGAUGCAGGGCUGACCAAGUCCAUCGGGGUGUCCAACUUCAACCACAAGCAGCUGGAGAGGAUCCUGAACAAGCCGGGGCUCAAGUACAAGCCCGUCUGCAAUCAGGUGGAAUGUCACCCUUAUCUCAACCAGAGCAAACUGCUGGAGUUCUGCAAGUCACACGAUAUUGUCCUGGUUGCCUAUGGUGCUCUGGGAGCCCAACGAACAUUUCAAUGGGUGAACCCAAACCUCCCCUUUCUCUUGGAGGAACCAGUUCUCUCUGCCAUUGCCAAAAAGCACAAGCAAACCCCAGCUCUAGUUGCCCUUCGGUACCAGAUACAACGUGGGGUUGUGGUUCUGGCCAAGAGUUACAACAGGAAGCGGAUCAAAGAGAACAUACAGGUGUUUGACUUUGAACUGACUCCAGAAGAGAUGAAGGCAAUCGAAGGCCUCAAUAGCAAUAUAAGAUACUAUGAUUUGCAACAUUUUGUCGAUCAUCCUGAGUAUCCAUAUUCUGAAGAAUAUUGACUGUGAGCUGUCCACCAUGCAUUCUACCGGAACUUCUUUUCUAGGGUUGUGAAGAGCAUUUCUGUACUUGGUGGAGAUGUUUAAAAGAAGUGUCUGAACUUUUGAAGCUUGUUUAUCAUUAAAACUUUUUAAUGAAAUAAAGAAGACUUCAAAUAUGAAUUCUAGUUUUCUCUGAUAACUAAAUAAUUAGAAAUAAAAGAGAAAGGUUAGAAAAUAAAGAUAACCUCCUGGUGCCUUUUCUUUUGUCAAAAAUGAAUUAGUUGAUCUAUCGAGAACCCUGUAUGCAAGACAGAAAAGAGACACAGAUGUAUAGAACAGUCUUUUGGACUCUUUGGAAGAGGGUCAGUGGGAUGAUUUGGGAGAACGGCAGUGAAAAAUGUAUAAUAUCGUAUGUGAAACGGAAAAAAAAAAAGAAAAAGUAAGAGAAAGAAAUGGAAAAUUUUAUUCGAGUCAGAUUUGAGAGCUAUACCCCAGGAAGAGAAUCUCAGACAGCCUGAGAACUGUUCUGUCCUCCAGAAGUCUAGGCGCAGGGAUGUAGGUUUUAGAGACAGAGGGCUCUGCAUGAAAAGUCAUUAUUGACAGUGUACCUAAUCCAGAUCUAAGCAUCACCAUGGUGGGUCAUGUGACCCCUUACAAGGUCAAGAAGGAAUUUAUCUUUUAAGGAGCUUACUGAUGCUAGGAGUCUGUUGCUCUUCAAGGUCAAGCAGGUCUUCCCUCUGAUGUGGGAGGUCUGGUCCAUGCAUCAUGCAGACACACAACUUACAGUGAGGGAGAAAGUGCAAAGGUAUAGAAUAGUUUUUCAUGUUUAAAUUUUUCUUGCCAUAAAAUAUAAAUUUAAUUUCAUACUUUCAUGACUCUCCUAUGUAAAAUAUUUGCAUGUUUAUUUAAAAUUUGAAAUAAUCUUCAAUAUACAGGUUUUACACUUUUUUUUACUUAGUGUAAGUAAUUUUGUAAGCUAUCAAGUAUUAUCUGAUGGUUUCCAGGGAGGAAGGGCUUGGGAAAGAGUUGGACUGGGAGGUUGGGGUUAGCAGAUGCAUACUAUUGUAUAUAAAUUGGAUUAACACAAAGUCCAACUGUACAGCGCAGCAGACUAUAUUCAAUAUCUUAUG